AUCUUCCAAUAAAAUUGGGUCGUGGUAAGUGCGUCGCCUUCUUCGCUGAGAGAAGGAUACGGCAAUUACCCGAAUCCCGUAACCCACUAAGGCGGUCACCGCCAUUCUUCUCCUCCCAAUAUCUUCCACAACUGCCUCGCUUAUCCUUCCCCUUCUCGGAUGAAAGGGCAUUGAGCCUUUAUUGCUCUCCUUCUCUGUCGUGCAUAGAGGCAGGAAAAACUUCCGAAGUGUAUAGAGCGUUACUUCCUGAAGAUGGGCUCCGAGGGAGGAGGAUCGCUUGUAGUUGUUCCAAGAAAUUUCAGAUUGCUAGAAGAGCUUGAAAGGGGGGAGAAGGGUAUUGGUGAUGGAACUGUGAGCUAUGGAAUGGAUGAUGCUGAUGACAUUUAUAUGCGUUCCUGGACAGGAACAAUCAUUGGUCCUCACAAUACUGUUCAUGAGGGUCGGAUAUACCAGUUGAAGCUGUUUUGCGAUAAAGAUUAUCCCGACAGUCCACCAACGGCUCGCUUCCAGACCCGUAUUAACAUGACUUGUGUGAACCAGGAAACUGGAGUGGUUGAACCAAGCUUGUUCCCAAUGCUUUUGAAUUGGCGAAGGGAAUACACAAUGGAGGACAUACUGAUUGGUCUGAAGAAAGAGAUGUCUUCUCCGCAGAACCGAAAGCUUCAUCAGCCUUUAGAUGGCAAUGAUGAUCAGAGAGUGGAGCAAAAAGGCUUAGUUUUAAGGUGUGCUAUUCUCUAAGCUGGAGGGUCUAACUCGGCACUGUAUAUUCAUAUAUGUAUGUUACCGGAAUUUAUGCUUUAGAAUUAGAUGGGAUUAUUUGCAAGCUUACGUUUAAUCAUAGGGUUAUCUGACUUUUGGAACUGGACUCUAAACUUCAAAUAAUGUAUGAAAUUAUUGGCAAGUUAUGUGAAGCUUUUGUGCAUGAAGUAUAAUGAGGCCUCGUUUGAGACGGCUUAAUUUCG